AGUUAGCGCCGGCUGGUAAUAGCUUUCGGAGAAGCUGGACGUUUGUUAUUACAUAUUACACGAAAACAACUGUUUUGUUUUAUUAAUAACAAUUUUAUCACACAAUUUUGGUUGUUGUGGCACAUGAAAUACAUAUGUUUUCUCCAUGUUACCAGUUUUAAGUUAGAAACUCCUAACUCCGCGUGUGUACAACUUAAGGAAUGAGCUGGCCGUUAUAUCGAGCGCCAACCAGGAAGCGGACUUCGUGCGCUACAGUCACUUUACAGGGAUGGCGGACGAGACUCUGUUUGAAUUUCUCCACAUGGAGAUCGUGUCACAUGUUUACAAGGAGCAGCAAUCCAGCAAAGGAACCAUGGACAACAAGGACAGAGCAGUCUGUGUUUCUGUCCUGGAAGGUAUGGGCUUCAGAGUGGGACAAGGACUUAUUGAGAGGUUGACCAGGGACUCUCCCAGCUUUAAGGAUGAAUUGGAUAUAAUGAAAUUUAUCUGUAAAGACUUCUGGACUAAGGUGUUUAGGAGACAGGUGGACAACCUCAGAACAAAUCAUCAGGGGACCUAUGUUCUGCAGGAUAACAAGUUUAAUUUGCUGACCCAGCUGUCCAAUGGAAAGCAGUACCUUGAUCAGGCUCCUAAGUACCUUGCUUUUUCAUGUGGUGUGGUGAGAGGAGCCCUAUCUAAUCUGGGUUUGGAGAGUGUGGUAACAGCUGAGGUCUCCGUCAUGCCAUCCUGUAAGUUUCAGGUGGUCAUCCAGAAGUUGCCCUAAUCUUCUGCCCACAUGGUGCCAAAAGAGAAAAUAAUGGUUCCUGUUUUCCCACUGAUGAGUGAAGCCAUAAAGCGAAUCAAACAUCCACAAAAGGGUCCAGCAGGACUGCUGACGUUCUGCUGACCACCAGGUACAACUGAUUGGUAAAAACAGGUAGCCAGGGCUCAAAUAUAAAUCCUUUUGGAUACUGAUUCUGGUUUUGAAGGUUUUUGCUUAUUUUACAUUCUCAACUCAAGUUAUUUUUUUAUCUGCUAAGCACUGGCUUCCAACUGAAUACUAUGAAGUUAAAGUGAAUGUGUAGUUAUUAACAGGAUAUGUAUUCUUUGUAAUGUGUUGCAGUGCUUAGUCUGAAAAUUGGAAAAAGUUUAAAAAACAAAAAUACUACAGGAGGACAAUCCGCAUAAGUCAAGAGAAAACAUCUUUGUGGAUGGCAUUUAAUGCAAUCUUACAUCUGGCUGAUUGCAUUCAUUAUUCAGUGCUUACUGUUCUUUACAGAAAAAGCUGUAUCCAAUUCCUGGUGCUUCGCUCUGGUUUUUAGUUUUGACUUCAGGAGAGAAGUCUUUCAUGUAGUAGUGGGAAUCACUUAGACUUUUUCUAAGGCAAAAUGCAAAUCUAGAAUAAUACACUGGUAGAAAUAUUUGAGUUUCUUCAAGUUAUGUGAAUGUAAUACGUUUCUAGAACAAUAAUUUGUACAAUUUUUCCAAGUGGAAUGAUACGAGCUUAUUUGUUGUUCUAUGUAGUGGUCUCACAUUUAAGAGUGGAGUAGACUUGAAUGUAUUUCUAUGUUAUUUUUCAUCAUGAUGGAUGUGUUUUCUCUUGUUAGAGCAUUGAUAUUUAAAUGUGACAUUUUUCCUGGAAUUUAGUAAGUAAGCUGUAAAACAUGUUGGGGUUUACAAUGAAAGUUAAUCAUACAGUU